AUAAACGUUUUCUGUUACAAAAUUUCACUUGCUUAGGCUUCCUUUUAGAAUCUAUGUGUUGAUCUUGAUUCUCUUCUCCAUUAGUUUUUGGCAUAAAGAUCAUCAAGAUUUCAAUAAAGAAUGGAUCGUGGAGAAUUGAGUAGAGUGUUCCAAAUGUUCGAUAAGAAUGGAGACGGGAAGAUUGCGAAAAACGAGCUGAAAGACUUCUUUAGAAGCGUGGGAAUCAUGGUCCCUGAAAAUGAAAUCAAUGAGAUGAUAGAAAAGAUGGAUGUGAAUGGAGACGGGGUCAUGGAUAUCGAUGAGUUUGGAUCAUUGUAUCAAGAAAUGGUGGAAGAGAAAGAGGAAGAAGAGGACAUGAGAGAAGCCUUUAGAGUAUUUGAUCAGAAUGGUGAUGGUUUCAUUACAGAUGAAGAGCUGAGGUCGGUGCUUGCGUCAAUGGGGUUGAAGCAAGGAAGAACACUUGAAGAUUGCAAGAAGAUGAUAAGUAAGGUUGAUGUUGAUGGAGAUGUCGAGGAAGAAGACGACUCAAUAAGUGAAGACGAAGCUUCGGUUAAUGAAUUUGAAGAAGAAGAUGAAAUAGCCAACAACGAGGAUGACGUUCAAACUGAAGAGGCUGCUACUUUAGAAGCAAAUAAUGAUAAUGAGAAGAAAGAUGAAAUAUAUGUUGGUAUGGAGUUCAGUUCUGAUGAGAUUGCACAUACAACUUAUAAAAAGUAUGGAGGCAAUCAUGGUUUCAAUAAGACCGGAAAAUAUAAGGUUGUGUCUUUCGAGCCGAACCAUAACCAUGAUUUAGUGAGGACACCUAUGAAACAUUUGUUGAAGGGAAAUCGGGUAUUAUCUAUCUCUCAAAAACAACAUGCAGAUGAUGCCGAGAUGUCAGGGAUUUCAGCAAAAGCAACCGUUGAAAUGAUGAGUAGAGAAGUAGGAGGGCGAGUAAAUCUGGAUGAUCGGUCUAUAAGUGAUUACAAUCUUUUUGGAGAUGUCGUUUGCUUUGACACAACUUAUAAGACCAAUGACUAUGAUAGACCAUUUGCUCCAUUUGUUGGGGUCAAUCAUCAUAAGCAAACUGUUGUGUUUGGUGCUGCUCUCUUAUAUGAUGAAACCACUGAGUCAUAUAAGUGGCUUUUCGAGACUUUUCUUGGAGCAAUGUCUGGUAAACAACCAAAAACAAUUCUUACAGACCAAUGUGCAGCAAUGGCGAAUGCAAUAGUGAACGUAUUUCCUGAUACAAAGCAUAGAUUAUGUGUUUGGCAUAUUUACCAAAAUGCUGCAAAGAAGUUGAGUCAUGUAUUUCAUGGAGCAGAACAAUUUGUCAUGGACUUUAGUAAGUGUGUAUAUGACCAUGAGGAAGAAGAAGAAUGGUUAUUGGCAUGGAGUAAUAUGCUCGAGAAGCAUAAAUUGACGGAGGAUAAAUGGUUGAAGAAUUUAUUUGAGCUGAGAGAAAAAUGGGCAAUGGUAUAUGGCCGUCAUACGUUUACAGCAGAUAUGGUUAGCACACAGCGUAGUGAAAGUAUGAACAAUAUUUUGAAAAAAUACUUGAAGCAUAGUUAUAACUUGUUGUGCUUCUUUGAACACUAUGAGAGAGUGUUGGAGGAUCGACGAUAUAAAGAAUUAGUUGCUGACUUCAAUAUGAUGCAUACUUCGCCGGUAUUAUGUGCUACUGUAGAGAUGUUGCAACAUGCAGAGGAAGUGUAUACACCAGAAGUUUUUAGCUUGUUCCAAAAGCAAUACAUAGUUAUCGGUGAUUAUGUUGCCAAAAAGGUUAGUAAGUCUGAGAUGGUGUAUGAAUACAAUGUAUCUUAUCGUGGUGUAGCACGAGAGCAUUUGGUUAAUUAUGAUGCUGCAAACGAGACAAUACAUUGUGGUUGCAUGAAGUUUUCUUUUGCUGGGAUUUUAUGUCGUCAUGCAUUGAAAGUGUUGGACAAGAAGAAUGUUAGAAGAAUUCCAUCUACCUACAUUCUAAAUCGAUGGAGUAAAGAGGCAAAAGCACGAAACAUAUCUUAUUAUCAUUCAGAGCCACCUAAUGAAACAGUCAAGCAAUCGAUUGGAAAGCGAUAUAGCCAUAUAUGUCGUACUUUCCGUGAGAUUGCAUCUGUUGCUGCUGAUCAUAUAGAAUUGACGUUGUGUGCAAAUAAAGAUGCCAUCCAGUUGCUUAAAAAAUUGGAGGAAAAAAAAAAGAACUUCUGAAAGCUAAUGCAUGGAUGCUCCAAACUUCAGAUGUUGAACUUGUGGAAGAAGAAGAAGAAGAAGACAAGGAUGUUCCAAAUGCACGUGGGGUAAAAAGAAAAGCUCCUGUUGGAC